AAAUAAAGAUGCUCAGGGUCAUAGACUGCAAGUGGCCUGUGAUUAUUUCUUCUGUCAAUACACUGAUUUUUGUCCUUGUUCCAUAGAUGUACAUCCGCAAGUUAUUCUGGUUGACUAUUCUAGAUGCUCUUUAUCAAAGUGUCAUUCUAUUUUUCUGUUGUUCACUGACAUGGAUACACUAUCUUUUCCUAUGGGGUAGCAUUAUAUUAUCGUUUGCAUGGACUAUAUGCUUUGGUCUUGUACAAGUCACCCAUAAAAUCUACUUUGUUUCUAUUGUUACUUUAUCAAGCAAGGAAUUCUGGUCGCUUUGCGCAUUGAUAUCUGUUACAGCUCUGUUACCAAG